AUGGGGCAGAUUGAUCCACAGAUUCAUAUAUUUCUGAGUAACAUCUUGGAAGAAAAGAGAAAGCAUAAACUUGCUUUCAAACUAGCGGAGACACUGAUAAAAAAAGAUACUUCUUGGGAAGAAACCAUUAAUAAGCAAGUGGUCCCAGAGUCUCCAUUUGAUAAAGACCAGUCUUCAAAAGGAGAAGAUAAGCCAAUCCCGUUAUUGCUGGCGACUGAAAAAGGAAUAGCAGAAAUUGUGAACAAGAUACUAGAAGUAUGUCCCCAGCUAGUUGAGCAUCACAAUGAUCUGGAUCAGAACAUACUGCAUGUGGCAAUUAAGCACCGUCAAUAUAAUAUCUUUAAUCAUGUGAAAAAUAUGGAAAUACCAAUGACAAGGUUAGUCCGAAAGGUUGACAAAAAUGGCUACACCAUCUUGCACCAAGCUGCAGACAUGAAGCCAGAGACUACAAAGCGUCACCCAGCAGGACCUGUAUACCAACUCCAGGAAGAGAUAAAGUGGUACAAACGUGUAAAGGAGAUCAUGCCCGCCCACUACGCCAUGUUUCGCAGCAAGGACGUAAAGAAGACUUGCGAAGAGCUAUUCAAUUCGAAGCACAAUGAACUACUUGGGCAAGCACAGAAUUGGAUAAGAGGCACUUCUCAGUCUUGCUCUGCAGUGGCUGUUCUCGUUGCUACAGUGGUCUUUGCAGCUGCGUACACUGUUCCUGGAGGUUCUAAUGAACAGGGGUAUCCAAUUUUCCUCAACAACACUCUCUUUGAGCUUUUCACAGUCAUGGACGUUAUUGCUUUGGCCUGCUCCUUAACCUCCGUUGUCAUGUUCUUGUCCAUCCUCUCAUCGUCUUAUACGUAUCAUGAAUUCCUCCACGAACUCCCUAGAAAACUCACAAUAGGCUUUUCCUUGCUUUUCAUUUCAUUGGCUACAACAGUGAUUGCAUUCGCAGCAACAUUAUUGCUCAUAGUUCGUUUGGAAAAUCCACAUUGGACCACCAGUCUCAUUUAUACUGCUACAUUUUUUCCUGUCAGCAUAUUUGCACUCAUUAAUUUUCCCAUGUAUGCUGCAUUUGACAAUAUUGUGCUCAAGUUGUAUCAUAGAUUGUCUAAGAAUUGGCGUGUCACAGUCUCCACCGCCCAAGAAGUCAGCUUCCAGACAGGGUUCCUUUGCAGACCAAGGAGCUCCUAA